GGGCCUCCAGGCAGGCGACCCUCGAGCUCUGAGGACUCGCCCCGCGACCCGCGGUCCUGAGCCCCACCCGCCCCCGGCCCGCCUCACCUGUCAUCCAGACCUGUCACUGAGUGACACUCGCCCUCUGCCCGGCCCAGAGCGCGCCGCCCGCAGCGCCAUGGAACUGAUGGCCAGCCGGCUCCUCAGCCCCAGCCCCUAUCCUGCGCCCUGGUGGGGACCGCAGUCCGAAGGUCCUGGCUCCGCCAAGCGCCGCCGAAUCGAGGAGUCCGCGGGCCCCGACUCCAGGACUGCGCCCAGCCUGCAAGAUCCGGCGGGGGAUCCGGCGGGGCCUCCGGCGGCGGACACGCUCACGUCCGUGGUGGUCCUGGCUCCGGGCUGUGCUCUGCAGCUGCCUCUGGACGACGUCGACCUGGUGCUGGAGCCCGAGCCAACGUCGGUCCUGCAAGUGUCUCUCGGGGGGCACACCCUAUUGCUUGUACCGGAGACCCUGUUGGGCCCUGGAGACGAACGCUCACGAGGGCAGACCCACUCGCCUCACUGCCAGGAACCCGGCGUUCUUUGGCGCUCUCCCGGGGAGGACGUCGCCGUCCAUCAGGGAUUCUUCCGCGCAUGUGUCCCAGAGAUCGCCUUCCUAGAAGAGGCCUACGACGAAGACAUGGAACCCGAGUUCCUGACUCCUUGGGUGGACGCCGCGUCAGGCUCCGUCGCUGAGUUCCGCCUCUACCCGCACAGUCCCAUUAGCGAGCCCUCGCCUCAGGCCGCCACCCCUAGUCCAUUGAGACGCUCGCCUGGUCCCUACGUCAACCUGGACUUCCACCUUCUGGAGCCGUUUCCCAGCUCACCGCUCCAACCUCUACCUCCCUCUCCGAGUCCAGGUCCGCACGUGCGACCCCAGCGCCCUCCGGGUCCCGCGCGCAAGGCCCGGAGACGCCUGUUCCAGGAGUGAACUGCUCCACCAUCCCUCCCUACCGGCUCAGGACCGUGAGGAGGUAUUUUGAUAGCAGCUGUGUGUCCUUUGCACAACCUACAAAAAUCACCAAGGAUGGACAAUGCUCUUUUAAUUUUUUUUCUAAAUCAUCACCCAAGGAUAGAUUUAUUGAUAUUGAGAGAGAGAUAAGCAACGAUUGAUUGCCUCUGGCUGGCACCUGACGGGAUUAACGGCAACCUAGGUGUGGACGCUGAUAGGAAUCCAACCCUGCAACCUUUUGGUGUACAGAACGGCGUGCUCCUACCAACUGAGUCGCCCGGCCAGGGCCCGCUCUUUUUCUGCCGGCUGCUUUGCAGAAUUUCCUGUCAAUAGUGAACCAAAACAUUUGGAAGGAAGGUCACAAAGCAGCAAAGAAAUACUGCUUGAAAUAUGGGAGACUUGACUUUGCAUGGUGAGCACACAAUACAGAUAAUGUAUUACAGACCUGUAACAUAUAAUUUAUUA